UUCCAUGGUGAUGGAGCUGAAAGUGCAGGAAAUUUAAAGGCUUGGACCCUGCGAGACAGACAAACCGGUGCCAACGUGCGCGGACGCCGCCGCCGCCGCCGCCGCUGGAGUCCGCCGGGCAGAGCCGGCCGCGGAGCCCGGAGCAGGCGGAGGGAAGUGCCCCUAGGACCAGCUCAGCCAGCGGCGCUUGCACAGAGCGGCAGGACGAAGAGCAGCGAGAGGAGGAGGGGAGAGCGGCUCGUCCACGCGCCCUGCGCCGCCGCCGGCCCGGGAAGGCAGCGAGGAGCCGGCGCCUCCCGCGCCCCGCGGUCGCCCUGGAGUAAUUUCGGAUGCCCCGCCGCGGCCGCCUUCCCUAGUAGACCCGGGAGAGGAGUUGCGGCCAACUUGUGUGCCUUUCUUCCGCUCCGGUGGGAGCCGGCGCUGCGCGAAGGGCUCUCCCGGCGGCUCAUGCUGCCGGCCCUGCGCCUGCCCAGCCUCUGGUGAGCCGCCUCCGGAGAGACGGGGGAGCGCGGUGGCGCCGCGGGCUCGGCGUGCUCUCCUCCGGGGACGUGGGACGAAGCAGCAGCCCCGGGCGCGCGCCGGAGGCAUGGAGCGCUGCCCCAGCCUAGGGGUCACCCUCUACGCCCUGGUGGUGGUCCUGGGGCUGCGGGCGACACCGGCCGGCGGCCAGCACUAUCUCCACAUCCGCCCGGCGCCCAGCGACAACCUGCCCCUGGUGGACCUCAUCGAACACCCAGACCCUAUAUUUGACCCCAAGGAGAAGGAUCUGAACGAGACGCUGCUGCGCUCGCUGCUCGGGGGCCACUACGACCCGGGCUUCAUGGCCACCUCGCCCCCCGAGGACCGGCCCGGCGGGGGCGGGGGUGCGGCUGGGGGCGCGGAGGACCUGGCGGAGCUGGACCAGCUGCUGCGGCAGCGGCCGUCGGGGGCCAUGCCGAGCGAGAUCAAAGGGCUGGAGUUCUCCGAGGGCUUGGCCCAGGGCAAGAAGCAGCGCCUGAGCAAGAAGCUGCGGAGGAAGUUACAGAUGUGGCUGUGGUCGCAGACGUUCUGCCCAGUGCUGUACGCGUGGAACGACCUGGGCAGCCGCUUUUGGCCGCGCUACGUGAAGGUGGGCAGCUGCUUCAGUAAGCGCUCGUGCUCCGUGCCCGAGGGCAUGGUGUGCAAGCCGUCCAAGUCCGUGCACCUCACGGUGCUGCGGUGGCGCUGUCAGCGGCGCGGGGGCCAGCGCUGCGGCUGGAUUCCCAUCCAGUACCCCAUCAUUUCCGAGUGCAAGUGCUCGUGCUAGAACUCGGGGGCCCCCUGCCCGCACCCGGACACUUGAUCGAUCCCCACCGACGCCCCCUGCACCGCCUCCAACCAGUUCCACCACCCUCUAGCGAGGGUUUUCAAUGAACUUUUUUUUUUUUUUUUUUUUUUUUUGGGCUACAGAGACCUAGCUUUCUGGUUCAUGUAAUGCACUGUUUAACUGUGUAGGAAUGUAUAUGUGUGUGUAUAUACGGUCCCAGUUUUAAUUUACUUAUUAAAAGGUCAGUAUUAUACGUUAAAAGUUACCGGCUUCUACUGUAUUUUUAAAAAAAAAAGUAAGCAAAAGGAAAAAAAAAGAACAGAGAAAAGAGAGACUUAUUCUGGUUGUUGCUAAUAAUGUUAACCUGCUAUUUAUAUUCCAGUGCCCUUCGCAUGGCGAAGCAGGGGGGAAAAGUUAUUUUUUUCUUAAAGUACAAAGAGACGGGGGAACUUUUGUAGAGGACUUUUUAAAAGCUAUUUUCCAUUCUUCGGAAAGUGUUUUGGUUUUCCUUGGACCUCGAAGAAGCUAUAGAGUUCAAUGUUAUUUUACAGUUAUUGUAAAUAUAGAGAACAAAUGGAAUGACUAAUCAUUGUAAAUUAAGAGUAUCUGCUAUUUAUUCUUUAUAAUAUCCCGUGUAGUAAAUGAGAAAGAAGUGCAGAGCAGGAUUAAAGAAAACCACUAAAACCGA